AAAUAUUGAUAUAUCCCCUAUCCUUUUCCUCAAGUUGACAAGCAAGGCAUGAAAAUCCCCUAGUACGAGUAAUGCCUUCACCUCAUCCUGGAUUAGAGAUUUACUGACCGCUGACACGUGUGGCUCUUCUUCCCGUCCCAGUUCCUCCUAAACUAGCCUCCACAGCACGCCCGUCCACCAUGGAAGUCUAAUUGCACUCACACUGGAAUUUCUGAAGAAAACACAAUAUCAAUGGACCAGGGGGAGGGUCAGUUGUUAAGAGGAUCAGUCAAGAAGAGGUGCCAACUGGAAUUAAGUCAUCUGUCCACAUGCACAUUGCUACCCUUGAGAACUGUUGGCUCAUCAUUUCAGUAACACCUGUCUCGCUGGAUGCUGCCGGUGGAAGAGAGCUGACCUUAUGAGUUACAGAACCGAUACAGUGGGCGAGGAACAUGACCAGAGGUCUAGGUUAUGACUACACAAGAGUCCAGCAGUAAUGAACACAUCUCCAGGAAUGGCACCAUCAUCUCCAUCCUUGUUUUCACCAUCUCUAACCCGGCGGCCCGCGAGUCCUGGGAGGAGGCCGCCUUCACCUUUCCGAUCGCCCUCUCCUUCUAUAAUGACUUCACCUAAACUAUGGCAGAAAGCUGCAAUAUCGCGUCUGGCUGAGGAGUUCUUCUGGAUAGGAGGAAGUAUUGUUGCAUCGCCAAAAUGGAGAAUGGGCCAGAUAGUGGAGAGAUGCAUGUGCAACAUGCAGGCCGGCUCUCAAAUGAUUAAAUUGAGAGGAAAAUCCAAGGCUCUGGUGCGCCUUUUCUACCUAGAUGAGCACAAGUCCUGCAUCCGCUGGAGGCCCUCCAGAAAACACGAGAAAGCUAAAAUCACAAUAGACUCUAUCCAUGAGGUCUGUGAGGGGAUGAGAACUGAGGUCUUCAGGCGAUUUGCCAGCAAUAACUUUGAUCCAAACUGCUGCUUCAGUAUUUACCAUGGAGACCACGUGGAAUCUCUUGACUUGGUUUCCACGAAUGGAGAAGAGGCACGGACCUGGAUCACUGGCCUUAAAUACCUCCUGGCAGGCAUCAGUGACGAGGACAGUCUGGCAAAAAGGCAACGGACACGAGAUCAAUGGUUGAAACAGACCUUUUCAGAAGCAGACAAAAAUGGAGAUGGGAAUCUGAGCAUCGGAGAGGUUCUACAGCUGCUCCACAAGCUCAAUGUGAACCUUCCAAAGCAGAAAGUCAGAGAAAUGUUCCAGGAGGCUGACACUGAUGAAAACCAGGGGUCAUUGACAUUUGAGGAAUUCUGUACCUUUUACAAGCUGAUCUCGACACGCCGAGAUCUUUACUUACUAAUGAUCACCUACAGUAACCACAAAGAGCACAUGGAUGUGAACGACCUUCACCGUUUCUUGGAAAAUGAGCAAAAGAUGGUAAAUGUGAAUAAAGACUACUGCAAGAUGAUCAUUAACCAGUUUGAGCCGUGUUCUGACAACCAAAUACAUAUGCAGCUGGGUAUUGAUGGUUUCACCAACUACAUGCGUAGUCCAGCAGGGGACAUAUUCAACCCAGAACACUAUCAAGUAAAUCAGGACAUGACACAACCACUGACAAACUACUACAUCGCAUCUUCUCACAACACCUACCUGACUGGAGAUCAGCUGCUGUCUCAGUCUCGGGUUGAUAUGUAUGCGUAUGUGCUUCAGGCGGGCUGUCGCUGUGUGGAAGUUGACUGCUGGGAUGGUCCUGAUGGGGAACCUAUUGUGCAUCAUGGUUACACACUUACCUCAAAAAUCCUCUUUAAAGAUGUUGUUGAGACAAUCAACAAAUAUGCAUUUGCCAAAACUCAAUACCCAGUGAUCCUUUCUAUAGAGAACCACUGCACUGUGCCUCAGCAGAAGAAAAUGGCUCAAUACCUCAUGGAAGUUCUACAGGACAAGCUGGACCUUUCAAAUAUAAAUGUGAAUGAGUCCAGGCGUCUGCCAUCUCCAGAGGUUUUGAAAGGGAAAGUACUUGUCAAGGGAAAGAAGCUGCCAGCAAACAUUGAUGCUGAUGCAGAGGAAGGGGAUGUGUCUGAUGAAGACAGCGGUGAAGAGGACGAGGAGGAAGAGGAGCAAAUUAAUGGAGAUACGUCAGAAGGAGCACCAGAGACGGGUGAUGAAUCGAAGAGACGCUCACGGAGGUCGUUCAUGGGCAGCUUCAGGCGUAAAAAGAAAAAACGUGUGAAAUUAAAAAAGAAGCCCACGCUGAGUGACUCUGAUACUGAGCAGGAAAUCCCAAGCGGUAAUGAUAAACAGGUCAUCGACUAUGGCAAACGAAGGAAAACAAUGAGACUUUCUCGCGCCCUCUCUGAUCUCGUUAAAUACACAAAGUCAGUGCGUGUUCAUGAUAUAGAAACUCAAGCAUACAUGUGCAGCUGGCAAGUCUCCUCCUUAAACGAGAGCAUAACUAACCAGAUUCUGCAGCUAAAACCUGCUCAGUUAGUUCGCUUCAAUCAACGGCAACUCAUAAGAGUCUACCCCUCCAACUACCGUGUUGAUUCGAGCAACUUCAAUCCUCAGCCUUUUUGGAACGCAGGAUGUCAUUUAGUUGCUCUCAACUAUCAAACAGAAGGCCGUAUGCUACAGCUGAACAGGGCAAAAUUUGCAGCAAAUGGAAACUGCGGCUAUGUGCUGAAGCCAAAAUGCAUGUGUAAAGGUGCCUUUAAUCCUACGCUGGAAGACCCUUUGCCAGGACACAGGAAAUCUCAGCUAGUGCUCAAGAUAAUUAGUGGCCAGCAGCUACCGAAGCCAAAAGACUCCAUGUUGGGGGACAGAGGAGAGAUCAUAGAUCCCUUUGUGGAAGUGGAGAUAAUUGGAUUGCCUAUUGAUUGUAAUAAACAGCAGACAAGAGUAGUAGAUGACAAUGGUUUUAACCCCAUGUGGGAGGAAACACUAGUGUUUACGCUACACAUGCCUCAGAUUGCCUUAGUGCGCUUUAUGGUUUGGGAUCAUGAUCCAAUUGGAAGAGACUUCAUUGGACAGAGAACCAUAGCAUUUAAAAGCAUGAUGCCAGGAUAUCGGCAUGUCUAUUUAGAAGGUAUGGAAGAAGCAUCUAUCUUUGUGCAUGUUGCCAUUAAUGACAUCACAGGAAAGAUCAAAUCAAGCAACGCAGUAAAGCAGCUAAUUCAGAAAAACCUUAUGCAGACCUCUCAAGAUGGCACAAGGACAUCUUUCGGUGCAAACUUCCUACGUAAAAGUGGAGCUGGAAAGAACCAGGCAAAAGUCGUGAAGGUCUCAGCCGACUGCUACACCAAAGAGGACUUUCUAAACAGACGUUACAGUGAUGAUGUGAGCUCGAAAGGCAGCAGGAGUACCUCACAGUCUGCGUCGUUGCUCAGAGGAGCUCAAAGUGAACCCCUGAAAAGGGCCCAUAAGGUCUGUUUUCAGGAGCCAGAAGGCUCUCAUGAGGCACGGCGCCGCCUGUCCUCUAUCACAUGCUCUGGUGGAGCAGGAGUGGCUGUGGACUAUACCAACUUAGCAUUUGAUUCAACAAACAGUUCAGAACUGGACAUUCAGACUUCUGAGGUUCAAUCACACAUUGAGGAUAACAAGGAGUUGAGUGUUUUAAAACGAAAUGAAUUACCUACAACAUCUAAACAAGAGUUCGAGUCUACAGACUUACCUGUACCUAAGACGAAGGAUCCUGCUUCUACACUGAAUGAGCGACUCUUGUCGAAGCAGAUCUCAGGUGCUAAAUCUGAUAUUGAGGAUUCAGUGCCGGAACCUGAGAUAUGUGAACUUCAAGAGAGCCAUCUACAAAUUCAGUCAGAACCUACCCAAGAGUGUGAACCAUUAAAUUUCUAUCCAAUACCUGUUGGAGUACUAGAUCCUUCCAGUGGAACAUUAAACACCAGAACCCUGGUGAUCAAGAAUAAAUUCAGAACUUCUUUAGAUGGUAGGCGUAACCCUCAGUGGCAACCAAUGUCUAUCCCUGCAACCCCUGCGCUGAGCAGACGCAUGAAUGACUCAGGCACACCAUCUUCCAAAGAUUCACCAUUUAAAGGACGCAGAUCACAAAGCGUCCCAAGACGCCGUCCGCCCUCUCCACCUAACACAUCCGGUCACAGUAGGAAAGAAUUGCUCAACCAAUACCCUCUCCCACAGUGCAGUUACUCUGCACCAAAAAACUCUGCUCCUAAUAAUCACAACCUUGCUGACAGUGAAUCAAGCAGCCUAAGUAGUUUGGACAGCCUUGACCUGAGUACUCUGCCAUCUCGUUUCCCUGACAACCAGCAGUUGACAAUGGGCACACUGCAGAGGGAAAUGAAUGCUCUGUUUGAGCAGAAAAUGCAUGAGAUUCGCUGCCAUUCACCACUGUUUUUGAGAGAUUCCUCAGCAUUGUAGAAAAACAAUGCAUGUGAAACCUAAAAAGAAACAGAACAGAAAACAAAAUUCCACACCGCAGUUACUGUGACGGAUAUGGACACAUGCUACAGGAAGAAAAGUAAACACAUAAGCAAAUACAUAUUUGUAUUUUAUGCAAAUAUUACCUUGUUUAAAUCUUAAUCAUCAGCUCAUGUCAGCUGGGCUCAUAAUUCAUGUUCAUAUUUUUUUUUUCCAAAAAGGAGCCUGGAAUGUUACAUUCUGUCUUUUGCAUCUGGAAGCUGCCAUUUUGAUUUAGAUAUAAUGAAUUUAAAGACUCUGUGUUUAAAACUAAA